GAAAGCGACGAGCAACAGUGUGCCGCGCGCCACCGACGAGCAAGUGUUGUUGUGAUCCGUGUGCUCGGGUAAGCGCGUGUUUUCGGAGGUUCGGAAGUGCAUUCGAGAGUGACAUUGCUGUUAUUACGUGGAGAAACGUUACGUGUUCGAUCACGUAACGAGUGCGUAGAAGCUUCUACGAACACGCGUUUCGACAUCGGAUGUGCGGAUGACGACGCGACAGUUGACACCGAUGGAUACGUGGGAGUCUUCGACUUGUGUUAAACAGUGAAGUUUUUCGUAAUGAUGGUACGGGUUUCGUGCGGGUGCGAAAUCAACGUGUCUCGACCGAGUGAGAGAGGAUAAAUGGGAAUGAUUCGAGUGCGGGAGGAAUAAGUGCAUCGUUUUUCGACGACCAGUCUGAAAAAUUGAUCUUCGUGUCCGUUAAACGGCGUAUGGCUCGCGAUCGGUCGAUUUUGUUUUUGCCGUGGAGAUUCGUAACGACGCUCCGGCACGUAGCACAACCGUCGUCCAACCGUUUGUUUGUAAACGGACGUGGAAGAAACGCAGAGAAGAAAAGAAAUAUUCGUCGACGACAGGUGAUUUCGAGGAUAGUGAUCGCUAUUCCUGGAACACGUUGUUACGGUGGCCGAGUGAUACGUGAAAGAAAACAAAAACGACGGAGUGAUUUCGCAUCUACGCAGGGGAUAUAAUAUACCAUAUUGGAAUAGGGGGAGAAUAAAUCCUGCGAUAGGGUGGUGCGCGGAGAGGCCCGCAACGAGGAGGGUGACCGUAUUUUCGAAGGAAAUGCGCUGCUAGCAAAUCGGCAAGGUGUCGCCCGAAUUUUUGAGCACGCUGAGGUGGAGGAUGGAGGAGCUGGAAACGCUGGAGAGCACGGAGUGCCCCGAGUGCCCCGGGCCACCCCCCGAGUUCCGGUUACCGCCACCCCCUCGGCCACCCUUCCUCACCGACGGCACCUUUUGCUCGGAGGAGCCACUCACCGAGAUCGAAGAUUGCGUCGCCAUCCCGAUGAUCGAUGCGUCGUACCACACGAAUCCAUCGCUUCAAAGCACCGCCCUCAUCAUCACCUGCGCGGUGGUACUUCUGCUGAUGGCAGCGAUCGUGUCCGUCGUUUUUUGGAAGCACAAGCGGAAAGUGCAGAACCUGUUACCGUGCAAGAGCGCAGCAGGGGCGGCGGCGGCGGCGGCGGCCGCCGCGGCCGCGGCCGGCGGCCGGAGCCGAGUGUUGGCCGACGGGCAGUCGCACGGUGGAAGCGGGAGUGCGGGUGGCGCGGUGCUGUACGAGGACCUGCCGGAAGCGGUGACGCACUCGCAGCUGCAUCACAGACAGAACCACCUGCCCAGCCACCAUUCCGGCCAGGCGCCCACGAUCGAGAUGUUGGACGUGAAAGACACAGGAAGAGGCGUGUUCGUGUGCAGCAGCCCGGGUCCUGAUCCGUACACGUCGCAGGAUCUCUACAAUCCUGUCUACGAGGAGCUCAGCAACGGGGACCAUCCGGAAACGGACGAGGAGAGCGAGUUGAACGCACGGAAUCGGCUUCACAAUCAUCACCGCCAUCAUCAUCGGCCCUCGUCGAAACCGGGCAGCGAGGACGAGUUCGCGGAAGACGAGCUGUCGGUUGGUGAACCGUCCGAGGCGAGGAUGCUCACCUCGACGGGCCCGACCUGGGCCACUUGUCCAGCCGGUGGCAGGCCACCGCGAGAGAGACGAGGGAAGAGCCCCAGAAGCCUGGACAGGCACAGGAGGGACAAGAAUCACGACGUGGGCGAGUUCCACGAGGGGAUGCUGCUUGACGCGCUACUUCAACUUUAUCCCAGCGUCGCGGGUGUGGCUGGCACCCGAUCGAAUAGCAAUCAACGACAACAGUCCGUCCCAUCGGUGGCCCACAGAUUACCUUAUUUCGUGCCACCGAUGCCAGCGACGCAGGCUCUCAGGGUCGAGGAGAACCCGUACGAGAGCGUGCCGGUACUCGGCCCCCUCCAUCAUUAUUCGAGUCAGAGCAGAAGCAACAAAGAGAGGUCCCGCAAGUCGAACGACAAAUACAAAUACACAGCGCAAUACGGGGGAUCCGAGUAUUACGGAUUGCAAAACCAGGACGCUGCCCCCGUUUACACGCAAGUGGGUAGCGAGUACUCGGACACCUACUCGCAGCCGACCGACCGCCUCUACAACGAGGACAAGUACACGCAGCCGGUUUACUACGCGCCACGCGACACCGAGCAAAUUACUUCCGGCAGACUGUAUCAAGGCCAGCCGGACAGCAGUUUCGGCAGCGACAGCGGGUACAGUCAUCACACUUCCGGUACAACUGGGACAACCGGCACGCGCAGCAGUAACUCGAGGACGAAUCACAGGAAGGACAAGCAUCGAAAUUCUCAUCACUCCCAUCAUUCCGCGGACUACAUCGUAUCUUAAUAGGGAAGGAUAGUCGCGUGGAUCGGAGCAAGAAAAAGAAAAAAGAAAAAAAAAAAAAAACGUGGUUUCUUUUCGAAAGGAAGCGUAUAGAUAGGUAUAGAUAGAAGAAAAGAUGGUAGAUCGUGUAGAUGGUAGUAGUUCGAUCCUUCGAUCGAAGAAAAAAAACUUGUAAUACUUUUCUAAAAAGUAGUGAUUUUUAUUUAUUUUGUAAAUUGUUUCCUUCUUGUUGUUUUUUUCUUUUUUUUUUUUUUUUUUU